AUGAGCAACCGUCUUUCUUCCAAGUUUAUCGAGGACAGUACCAUCCGAGACAACAUGUUUGACCAGACAACCUUGGCUGCUCUUCAGCCUAGUUCAGGGCCCACUUCAGGCACUACAACCCCUGAUCGAACCGGCAGUACAACCCCUUACAAUGUCUCAUCUCCUCCCAGAGGUAGACGCACUACAUCGGACCUCAAGUGGAAUACUUCUCGAUCAAGGCCUGCCUCCAUUGCUCCCUCACGUCACUCCCUCAUGGGAGAUUGUGAUGUGUCGGACCCGUCUAUGAUUGCCAAGUAUGCCUCACGACGUGCAGCACUCCUCGGCUGGUUCGAUGAGCCUGUUGAAAGGACCGUUGCCAACGGUGUCUCACUCACUGGAGUCGCCAUCAAAUCGGAGGAAAGCUAUGUCUUUCAACCCGCAGAUGUAGAUCCAGAUCUUGCAGGUGCUAUCUCAAAGCUUGGUGUUGAAGCAUGCAUGUCCAUCUCAUCUGAGACACUGUCCAACAUCAUCAAGUCCAUUCCCCCAACCCAACGAUCACUUGUCUCAGAUGUAACUGGAGCCCGUAUCCCCAUCGUUCCCAACUUGACGGGUGUCACUGCUGAGCUGUCUCACUACUCACGUGCAUGCAUCGCCCACGAGGAACGUAUUGUUCUUGUUUGGUCUCAGGAUCCCAAGGCUAUCAUCAACGUUGCCGACCAUGUCCAACAAGAAGUCUUCGAAAUUAUGCGAACCUCUUCCGAUGGUCCGCUUGAGAAAGACAUCCCCACUCGAUCCACCUCGACCCAGCGUAGCUCCAGUGUUGCACCAGCCCCUUACUACGUCCGCGGCGGCCUCGAUGAGAAGAAUGAGAUCUUCCAACGUGCUGUUGCCCUCGAAGAGAAUGAAGAUGAUGAAGCAGAUGUUGAGAGAGCUGCUGCUCCCCGACCCAGACUCAAGAUGCAUGCUUUCAAGGUCACCUUCGCCAUCAUGCUCGUUGUCGUCACUCAGUCAUUGGGUGUUACCAAGCUCCUCAACGAGUACUACUGGGAUGGGGAUGCGACUCGCUUCGCUCUUGUCUCCACGAUUCCUCCUCUGACUCUAUUCUCCCUCUUCUUCUUCCUUGUUCUGGUCACAAGUCUGUUUCAGCUCUUCCUCCCCGUCAGCGUCUGUCUCAGGAACUCUCGCUUCCACUCUGCCAUCAAGCCCAACCCCAAGCGCCAUCGCGAUUAUGAGCUGCCUCACAUUACCAUCCAGAUGCCUGUCUACAAGGAAGGCUUGAAGGGUGUCAUUGUGCCCACUAUGAUCAGUGUCAUGGCUGCCAUUGAGUACUAUGAACAGCAGGGUGGAACGGCCUCUGUCUUCAUCAAUGAUGAUGGUAUGCAGCUCAUCCAGCCUGAUCUUGCUGAGGCUCGAAAGGCUUAUUAUCGUGAGAACGGCAUUGGUUACACUGCCCGACUACCUAACCUCAAAUCUCCCAAGAAGGGUUCCUGGUUUCGCAGAAGCAAGGAGUCCACUACUGAUAGUGUUGGGAAGCCUGAGUCAGAGAUGACACCUCAGGAGCUUGCCAACAAGAUCGGCUUCCAACGUCGAGGCAAGUUCAAGAAGGCCAGUAACAUGAACUACGGUCUUGCCUUCUCCAACCGUGUUGAAGACGAGAUGGCCCGCUUGAUUCAGCUCGAAUGUGAGCAGCGUGGGUGCGCCGAGGCCGACUUGACUGUUGACGAUGACAACCUGCUUUAUGAACGUGCCUUGGCCAACAUGCUUGCCGAAGACAAUGGCCGCACUUGGGCUGAGGGUAACAUUCGUAUCGGCGAGCUGAUCUUGCUCAUUGACUGCGACACACGCGUUCCUGUCGACUGCCUCUACUACGGUGCCCUGGAGAUGCAUGAGAGUCCCGAGGUUGCUAUCCUCCAACAUGGAUCCGGUGUCAUGCAGGUUGUCCACAACAUGUUCGAGAACGGAAUCACCUACUUCACCAACGUCGUCUACACUGCCAUCAAGUACGGUGUCGGUUCUGGCGAUGUCUCUCCCUUCGUCGGUCAUAACGCCUUCCUCCGUUGGAAGGCUCUCCAAGAUAUUGCCUUUACCGACCCAACCGACAAUAACCAAGUCAAGUGGUGGUCUGACUCUCAUGUGUCUGAGGACUUCGACAUUAGUCUUCGCAUCCAGAUGAAAGGCAUGAUCGUUCGCCUUGCGACUUAUCAUAACGGCGGCUUCAAAGAGGGUGUCUCUCUUACACUGUAUGACGAGUUAACUCGCUGGGAGAAGUACGCUUACGGCUGUAAUGAGCUUGUGUUCCACCCUUUCUAUCAAUGGCCUUACAAGGGCCCUGUCACCCGGCUGUAUCUCCGAUUCCUCUGGAGCAACAUCCCCAUCACUAGCAAAGUCACCAUCACAGCAUACAUCUUCACCUACUAUGCCAUUGCUUCAGGACUCUUUUUGACGGUUGCCAACUACAUCAUCAUUGGACUGUUCCCAGACAAGCUCGACCACCUUUAUAUGCCUUCCUGGGGUAUUUGGCUGUCUCUUGUCGUGAUCUUUAACGGCCUUGGUUCCGUCGCCUUCAGUAUGGCCCGACAUCAGCUCAAGGAUGAGGUCUUUUGGAAAGCAUUACUUGAUGCCAUUAAGUGGCUGCCCUUCUUGAUUAUUUUCUUUGGUGGCAUUAGCUUAAACUGCGCCAAGGCCUUGAUCUGUCAUGCAUGCAGCAUCAACAUCGAGUGGGCUUCAACUGCUAAAGAACCUGGACCAAGCGGUUUUUUUAUUGGGCUUGAUAAGAUGAUCGCAAGCUUCAAGUACACCUGGGUUAUCUGUAUUCUCAUUGCGGCGAUGAUGAUUUACUUUGCCGUCGGUGCACCAUGGGGAUAUACUAUUACGCCUGGUCCUCACUCAACUGCAAUGGUGGCUAUCAUUCCUCUAGCUAUACAGAUUUGCAGUGCUUUCUUCCUACCUCUUACUCUCGGGCUAAACUAG